AUGUCGCAGAUUCUUAAUAUCGGCACCAUCUGCUGCUUCUUGUUCUGUGGACUUACGUUAUUUAUCCUCUUUGAUGUACAGUGGCAAAGAGAAAACGUAGCCGGAAAUGUCCGAGAAAACCGAAUGGAGACAAUUGGUCUUUGGCAACGAUGCCAGUACUUGUCAUCAGGAAACAGAGAUUGCGACUACUUCGACAACCUCCUCAUCUGCGUUCCUGGCUACUGGGUUGCCGCUCGAGUCUUCGUCAUUUUCGCCACAAUUGCUGCGAUUGUCAGUCUUGCCAUGAGCACAGCCGGUCUUUCCUGCGUCAACUGCAUCGCCGAUCCAAACACAAAGACCAAAAUUACUCGCAUUGCUGCCAUCCUCUUCGCCGUUGCCGCCCUUUGCCUCGGUGUCGGUGUGACAUGGUUCUCCGCGGUCGUUUACCGAAACUUCUCAAUGGUCGGCGGAACUGGUUUUUACGGAGGAGGACUUGGCACCAUGGGCGGCAUGGGAAUGAACCCUCAAUGCGCUACUACUGCUUCUGAAUAUUUCCUCUCUCGAGGCGGUGUCUUCGGCCGAGAUGCCUGGCUCGGAUGGAUCAACACAAUCAUCGGCAUCAUCGGCGCCGUCCUCAUGUUCUGCGGCUCUUCCGGCAACGAUGAAGAUGAUAUGUACAACGACGGAACCAUGAACAACAACGGCUACAACUAUGGAAAGCCAUCUGCCGGCGAAUAUUUGUAA